UCCAAGACCCUGCAUAUAGGCUACAUGGAACGAGGUCGAAGGUCACUAAGCAUAACUGUGUCAAACGGUGUGUAGCGAGAACACAGUUGACGGGUAUCUAGAUAUUUAACACACCUCACUGCCUACCAGUGAGUUCAACAAGAGGAAUAAAAAAGGUGUCUGGUGUGGUGUCGACAGUGAAACGCAAUGAAUCUAGAUUGGAGCCCAACAACAUCUUACUUGCUGUACAGCUGUGUGGCCCUCGCUGUAACAUUUCUCUUUCACACAAUCCUCUCUAUGAAAUCAAGGAAACUGAACCAACCUCCAGGACCCAGGGGCCUUUCUUGCAUCGUCCAACUCCUGAGAGCCUCGUGGAACGAAUCCGUGCCUGAACUUGCUUUUACUUGGGCCAAGACUUAUGGCCCCAUCAUGUAUUUCAACGCUGGGGGGACCAAAUUCUGUUACCUCAACACCCCAGAACUUUCCAGACUUGUUCUGGCCGGGGAAGAUUACCGAGCGCUGACCUCUGACCGCGUGGGGAACUUUGUUUCAAAGUUCACGUGGUACGAUGGGAAAGAUUUGUUCUUCACCAAGUUUGACGUCAUACAGCGGAAGAAGAGAAAGCUGUUCCAUAGGGGCGUGGCGCUCUACGGGGACGGGGUGGAGAAAUUUGAGGCUAUCGUUGGUGGAGAGCUUGAUCUGGUCUUGGAACAUCUGGACAAGAUGGCUAGCACUGGGCAAGACGUGCAGAUGGACCAGGUCCUGUCUGAAGCAUUAAAAAAUAUUCUAGUAAUCCUUAUUAAUGGGGAAAAGCCUAGUUGUCCAGAGGAUGCUGACGCCAUUGUCGAGUAUGAUUUAGCAGUGAACAAGCUGGCUUCAGAAGACAUACACCUGGUCCUGAUGGCCGCGCCAUGGAUGAGGUACCUCCCUGGGAGGUAUAAGAGAGCGUGUGACAAAGUCAUCGAGACCCGAGAGAAAGCCGAGCGCAUAAUGUUCUCCAAAAUGAAGGAAACCUUUGACCCCAAAAAUCUCCGAGGAUUAACGGACGUGUUCCUGAAAAGCCGAGAAGAGCCAGGUUAUGAGUUUUUAAAAGAUGACCAACAUAUCAAAGGAGUUCUUACAAUGCUGUUUUUCGCAGCUCACCUGACCUCACGUGCCACGCUGCUCAACACGUUCUUGAUCUUGCUCCAUCACCCCGACGUCACGGCCAACAUCCAGGAUGAGAUAGAUCGAGUUCUGGGAGACAGACCAGCGAAAGUGGAAGACCGUCAGAUCAUGCACUACACUGAGGCAGUCAUUUUAGAGGUUCUACGGUAUACAACAUUUUUCCCCUUGAUCUGCAUACGCAAUGUGAAGACUGAUCUAAAAGUAGAAAACUAUGAUAUUCCGAAAGAUACUCUGAUCAUUUCUAACAUUGGCUACUUCCACCGCGACCCAAAAUAUUGGGAUGACCCAUGGUCAUUCAAGCCUGAACGUUUCUUAGAUGCCAAAGGCCAGAUACUACCUGCUGACCACUCAGUUCGAAAAAACCUUUUGUCUUUUGGUAUUGGGAACCGAAUGUGCCCUGGAGAGGUGUUCGCCAGGUCCAGAGUCUUUCUCUUCGUCACCAGGAUCCUUCAGAGAUAUGACGUCAUGCCACCUAAAUCAGAGCCUCUGGUUUCGUGCCACCCGGACAAUCGCGUCAAAAUGUUGGUCAGACAGACUCCGCCAUUCCGAUGUCAGUUGGUGCCACGCGGAAGCCCGAACUGACUGUAGUCUCGACUGUUGGUCUUUUGUCUCGAAAUGUGAUUUUCAAAUGUGUGCACUCAUGACUGACGCCUUUAUACCCAAGCAGUGAAACUUUUUGACAUGUUUCACAAGAGACUUUGAAGUAGCAACACUUAACAGUAAAAUGGCAAAAACAUUUACGUGUUCAGAUCAAAAAUCAUAUGAUUUGAACUGAUAAUAUCGUAAUCCAAUUUCAUGUGUGUUAUUUUCAAUAUAAAGUACUUAUUAUAUUAAGAAUAUUUUGUAAAACAAAAUGCAAAUAUAAAAAUGCAAAUAAAAAAAUGGAAUAGUA